CGUCACUCAAGUCACUACGGCUCCUCCCCUCUCAAGAUGGCGAUGCGCUCAAUGUGGAAGGCGCGUGGGUGCUGGAGCUGCAUCCGGGCACUUCAUAAAGGACCCGAAGCUGCUCAGACUCCCCAGAAAGAUGCUGUGAAGCGAGUAUUCUCGGGCAUUCAGCCUACGGGAAUCCCCCACCUCGGCAAUUACCUGGGAGCCAUUGAGACCUGGGUGAGGUUGCAGGAAGAGUACAGCUCAGUGCUCUACAGCAUUGUUGACCUACACUCCAUCACCGUCCCCCAGGACCCGGCUGUCCUCCAGCAGAGCAUCUUGGACAUGACUGCUGUUCUUCUUGCCUGUGGCAUAAACCCAGAGAAGAGCAUCCUUUUCCAACAAUCUCAGGUGUCUGAACACACACAAUUAAGUUGGAUCCUUACCUGCAUGGUCAGAUUACCCCGGUUACAGCAUUUACACCAGUGGAAGGCGAAGGUUGCCACACAGAAGCAUGGUGGGACCGUAGGCCUGCUCACAUACCCAGUGCUCCAGGCUGCUGACAUCCUGUUGUACAAGUCCACACACGUUCCUGUCGGGGAGGAUCAAGUCCAGCACAUGGAGCUUGUGCAGGGGCUAGCACGAGAGUUUAACAAGAAGUAUGGCGAGUUCUUCCCGGUGCCCAGGUCCAUUCUGACAUCCAUGAAGAAGGUAAAAUCCCUCCGUGAUCCUUCUGUCAAAAUGUCUAAAUCAGACCCUGAUAAACUGGCCACGGUCAGGAUAACAGACAGCCCUGAGGAGAUCGUGCAGAAAUUCCGCAAGGCUAUGACAGACUUCACAUCGGAGGUGACCUACGACCCAACUCGCCGAGCCGGGGUCUCCAACCUGGUGGCCAUUCACGCAGCGGUGGCCAGCCUCCCCAUAGAGGAAGCGGUCCAGCAGGGUGCAGGCCUGGACACAGCUCGCUACAAGCUGCUGGUGGCCGACGCCGUGAUUCAGCGGUUUGCUCCCAUCAAGAGGGAGAUUGAGAAACUGAAGAUGGACCGGGGCCACCUAGAGAAGGUUUUACAGAUGGGAUCCACCAAAGCCAAAGAACUAGCCCACCCCGUGUGCCAGGAGGUGAAGAAAUUGGUGGGGUUUCUAUAGGAAGCUUCCCCGCAUGGCAGAAAGGUUGUUAUGUCUUGAGGCCUGUGCACUCCUAAUUAAUAAAGGCAGCUUUCCUCCCAAAUGAAAAAUGAUGGGCUUGGAGACAUUUAGUUCUGGUACACAGGAUUAUUGGCUUCAUAUGAUCAAUAAGAAUUUGUAACUUUCCAAUAGAGCGGCGUUCUAAAUCCCGUCAGCAAAUGCUGUGGCCAAGAAAGAAAGAAGGCCUGACUCUCUGAAUCCUGAAUUAUUUGAGGCACACGCCUCACCCUGAGUUUAGGUACACAGAUGUGACUGAGGUGUAAUUUGGCAAAUAAUGAUAUCAUUUGUCUCUCCUUCUGGAGUACCUACUAUUAGGGGUGCUCACUUUAUGUGUCCCAGCCCUUUCAAAUGUUUUCGUUUUGUUUUGUUUUGAAGUAAUCUCUACAUCCAACGUGGGGCUCAAACUCACCACCUGGAGAUCAAGAGUCUCACGCUCCACUGACUGAGCCAGCCCCUUUGUCCCAACCCUUUUAAAAAGUAGUACUUAGAUUCUUAGACUUAUAAUCCUUGGGAUGUCGUUUGGACCCAUUUGUGUUGAGACCUUAUAAAAAUAAAUUGAUUAUUAUAGUUCAUUUGUCACUGAGAUAGUACCUGUCUAAAUGUAUUAAGUUGUUUAACUUGUCCCUGAUGAAACCACACUGACUGUCCCAGUAAGUAUAGUUUUGUUUUGUUUAAUUCAGAAAUACAUGAUACUAUCUUCUUUUUUCUUUUUUGAAGAUUUUAUUUUUUUAUUUAUUUGACAGAUAGAGAUCACAAGGCAGGCAGAGAGAGAGGAGGAAGCAGGCCCCCUGCUGAGCAGAGAGCCCGAUGCAGGGCUUUAUCCCAGGACCCUGGGAUCAUGACCUGAGCCGACGGCAGAGGCUUUAACCCACUGAGCCCCCCAGAAACCCCAUGAUACUAUCUUCUGAGAAGGUUCCGUGAUUUCAGCUUGAUUGAUUUACAAGAGCCCAGGUUCCAGGAUCCUAUUUGUAGUUAAAUACUUCUUUGCCUUCGCUCCCAGUUCAACAUCACCAGCCCCUGGGAAAUGUACCGGGGGAUUGGCAUCUUACCCCUCAGGAAAUCGAGGCCCAGAGAAUACAUUACCUUGUGCAGCGUCUAUCACUCAGUAAGAAGCAAGUCCAAGAUUAAAACCUUCACUCCUUUAAGAGUGCUGUUUUUCCCAUUAGCACAGAACCAUAAAGAGCAGGAUCUAUGGGACUCCAAACAUUCUUAUUUUGAACGUGAAUACUUGAUAUACAAGACCUGAACUGUAGCACUGUUCAUAUCGGUAAUUCAACCCAUAGCUGCCUGCUUUAAAUCUGGAUUCAGCCAACCUUGGUCGUAUUUGCUUCUCGGAAUCCCCAAAGCAGAUCCCAAGUUCUGUCUCCUAAUCUUCUCAAGGCAGAGACGCUUCAAAGUAUCCUGCCAGACCACCAUAGUAAUGAGGCCUGACAUUGCAGAUUCUCCCGAUGAGUGGAAGCUUCUCACCUCCCCUCUACCUCAGCCCCUUUGAGUAAUAAUGAGUCACUCUAAAACCUAGCUUCUCUGCACUUUCUGAAUAUGGAAAUGACAAUCCUGACUUACCACAGCAGGAUCUGUUAGCAAGCUUGAUUUUGUAGGGGAAAUUGCUUGUAAGUUUUUUUGUCAGUGGGUACCAUGAUCAUAAGGGACUAGAAUGUUGGGCAAAGAAUUUGUUUAAAGGUUUAUUUAUUUAUUUAUUGGGGGGAGGGGGGAGAGAAAGCACAGGGGGAGGGUCAGAGGGAGAGGAAGAAGGGGAGAACCUCAAGCAGGCCCCUUUCUGAGUGCAGAACCUGAUGCAGGGCUCGAUCCCAUGACCCUGAGAUCAUGACCCGAGCUGAAAUCAAGAAUCCGAAGCUUAACCGACUGAGCCACCCAGAUGCCCCACAAAGAAUUUUUGUUCAUGUUCCUUAAGGAAAGGAAGUAGAGUAGUCCUUUUAUCAAACAGAUAUAAGUACACAAAACACUGCAUCCCGGAAUCUACCCCAGGUAGGUUUUCUUGGAAUGUGAUAUCUAUAGUCCUAGAGCCUCUUUGGGCAUAGUUCCUCCAGGGCUCUUUUCCUCCCCUUUAAAAGAAACCCAAGUGUGAAUGCUAGAAAAUGACAAAAUUAAAGAUGGACCUAUCAAACCAA